ACGAGACUCGAAGCACGGAGCCCCGCCCUGCCGCCCGCCAGAGCCGUGAAGCAGCAGUAGUAGCAACAGCAGCUCCGCUUGCUUCGUACAGUUUUUAUCCAUGAAAACAACUUCCUGAACAUAGUAUCGUUCGGCUAGUCGUAAUAACUCGCGGUACAGGCCGUGGCCCGUUCCGUUGUUCCAGUUCAUGCAGUGACGGUUAACCUUAAAACGCAGUGGCGGUCGCGGUUGUGUCGCGAGACAGUAAACCGUGGUGAUAAUACGGAUUCGUCGCGAUUGUUGAAACUCCGCCGCUUGAAAAGUGCGUUCGCUCUGUUUCUCGGCGUGGCUCGAGACAGGGAGGUGUGAAAAGGAAAGUGCACAGUCAUCGAUGUGAGAAGUCGUGGCUAGGAGGAAGGCCCGUCGCAGCAGGAGGGAGAGAGUGAGAGGAGCUGUUCGUGGAUACGAGAGGCCGAUAGAUCGAGCCGGGAAUUUAAGCAACUGUAGGCUCCGUUAGGGAGCUCCAGGGGUGGCAACGGUCUCGCUAGAAGGUGUCGAAGCUGGCGCGUGGGGCGGGAGAGUCAGCGGUGGUCUGGCUCUGGUUCCGGUGGUAGCGGCGGAAACGGAAGCCGCGACAGCAACAGAUCAGAGAGAAAGACUGGAAAAGGCUGGUCAUUGGAAAAAGAGAUUCGAUCAUCUUCUAGUUCUUCUUUCUACCCUUCCCGUUCCUGGUGGUGGAAGACUGGACGAUAUUUAUUGGUCAUCGGAAAAAACGUCGACGGCGUGACAGUGGGCCCCAACCACCUUCGUGCAAGAAGGAAACGCGAAAUAGGACUAAUCCAUUCCUGAAAAAUCACAUUUUAGGAUUCAUCGGAGGUAUACUGCCUCCUUCUCGAGAGACACCGUUUUUUUCCAUCCUUCGCGGAUACUUACGCUUAGCGCAUCAUUAGACAGUCAUCAUGAGCGAAGUCGAAACCCUUCGUCAAGAGGCGGACAAGCUAAAAAAUGCUAUUCGAGAUGCCAGAAAAGCAGCAUGCGAUACGACGUUGGUUCAGGCCACGUCGGGCAUGGAGCCUAUCGGCCGGAUACAGAUGCGCACAAGACGCACACUUCGUGGUCACUUAGCCAAGAUUUAUGCGAUGCAUUGGGGCAGUGACUCAAGAAACUUAGUGUCAGCGUCGCAGGAUGGGAAACUAAUCGUCUGGGAUAGUUAUACCACCAACAAAGUUCACGCGAUCCCUUUACGCUCUUCAUGGGUAAUGACCUGUGCAUAUGCGCCAUCAGGUAGUUUCGUGGCCUGCGGUGGGCUAGAUAAUAUUUGUUCCAUCUAUAGUCUUAAAACUAGGGAAGGAAAUGUAAGAGUUAGCAGAGAACUCCCAGGUCAUACUGGGUACUUAUCCUGCUGUCGAUUCUAUGACGACAACCAAAUUGUCACUAGUUCUGGCGAUAUGACUUGCGCCCUGUGGGACAUAGAAACUGGUCAACAAUGUACCUCCUUCAUUGGUCAUACGGGCGAUGUAAUGUCCCUAUCCUUGGCUCCAGACACGCGCACAUUCGUAUCCGGUGCGUGUGAUGCCAGUGCAAAAUUGUGGGACAUUCGUGAAGGAUCCUGUAAGCAAACUUUCCCGGGUCAUGAGAGCGACAUAAACGCUGUUACGUUCUUCCCGAAUGGAUACGCUUUCGCGACGGGAUCAGAUGAUGCAACGUGCAGACUUUUCGAUAUUAGGGCAGAUCAAGAACUGACGAUGUAUAGUCACGACAAUAUUAUUUGCGGUAUUACCAGCGUAGCAUUCAGCAAGAGCGGUAGAUUAUUACUGGCCGGCUACGACGAUUUCAACUGCAAUGUUUGGGAUUCCAUGAAAGCUGAACGAGCUGGAAUUCUUGCUGGCCAUGAUAAUCGCGUGUCUUGCCUUGGUGUUACGGAGGAUGGUAUGGCAGUAGGGACGGGCUCAUGGGACUCGUUUUUGCGUAUUUGGAACUAACUUGGGGUUCAUCCCAAGACGUUCCUCAACAGAACAAACUGCAGUAAAUCAGCAUACAGCAUAAGCAUUAAAUACCACCACUUGGCCACCGAAGUCGGCGUGUCCAUGUCCUCGAUGGAGGCGAAUUACUCCCCAAGUUCACCGGAGUUGACGUUGAUUAAAAAGUUUGGACAUCCGCUAGACAACAGCAGUAGAAAGACCCACGGCAGCAGCGGCAGUAGCAGCAAUGAAUUUAAGAACGUUUUGGGUUGUGGUGGUAAAAAGGACUACCGGAGACGCGUCGUUGAUUUAACUUGGCGACGUGGCAAGGUCGGCGAUAAAAUCACUCGUGAAUAUCAGCGCUUCUAGUAUAUGAGUAUACCGUUUGUUCGAUAUACUUGAACGUACGAAUGAUGAUGAUGAUGAUGAUGAUAAUGAUGAUGAUCGAGAAAGAAGUGUGGUGAAAGGAAGAACGACAGAACGGAGAGGAGCACCAAGGCUGACAGCCAUAUCUCUCCGAUGUCGUGCGCGUUACUUCCUUUUUCUCCUCCCCUUUCUCAAGGACUACUUGGCAAACCUUCGAAGAGUACGUGCUGUUGAUUAUAUAUCUUGAUAACGUCUCCUCGAAGAUCUUCCCGAAUUCGAAGGUUGAAACAAAGAUCGAUUUCCGAGACUACACCCCUCAUCCCGAGGUCUACGCCGUUGGAAGCGUUUUAUUAUGAAUAAGAAUAAAA